UGCAGACACAGCCGGACUGCACUGUCAAGGAGUAUCAAUACCAGUCCUUGGCCCAGAGAACUUCUUGUAUUGCAGAGAUCAGUAGAGAUGUGAUGGCCCUUGUGGAAGAAAGUGUGCUUAAACGCUACUGCUUACAUCAAGCUUGCAAUAAGCUGUAGAGUUCAAUCUUCGCUCGGUAUUGAGGAUCCCUAGAGUAAAUAAAACUAAUACGGCUAAACCAGAAUGCAUUCAUUACUUAUGAUGUUAGGCAUCUAUGGCUUUCUCGUAGCAGCCACACACGCUACUGCCGAAAAUAUGGUUAUAACGAAGCCUGUCGAUGGAAUGGGAGGACAACAAAGCACGACUGGAAACUUAAACCACGAUAAAGAUAUCAGUAAUGCGGUCAAUAUAACGGAGAAGGCAAGAGCAUUAAUUGAAUAUAUGAAUAGAACAUGGCAUGAUGAUAUUUCCUCCUGGGGAAUGACUUCGGAUUACGCCUUCUGGAACGGCAAGCACAAUCUUUUCGGACAACAACCAAUUUCAGCUCAUGCUGGAAGCUUCAUCUGUGACAAAGAAUUGUUAGACUUCUCGGAUCUCGACGUGAAGAUGGUUAUGUGUCUGUGGUAUAUUCCUACGAAAAUUUGCAGCCCUGUUGGCAUCUACGUAAAUCUUACGGCGCCCGUGUAUACCAACGGAAUAAUUGAAGAAAAGCCGAUCACUUUGGAUUUUAAUAAUAGACAUUUUCUUGUAAGAAGGACACCGCAGGGAAAAGGAAGACGAAGAUCUAAAGGCCUCAAAAAGUUCGUUGAGGUGUGUUCGUUCACAGUCAACGUAACAUUCCAUGGAUCGAUUGCGUACGAGACAAAAAACCCAGGAACUGGAAGGAACUUCUAUUCCGUUGGUGUUGGCUUGCUGCAGGACAAGCGAAUAGGACUGAUCAGAACAAAGCACAACAGACUGUUCUACAUUAUACGAGGGUUGUUCAAACGAGUUACAUUUUGGAAGAGUUAUGGGCACUUCAAGCAAAAUUCAUUUCAUUAAAGUAAGGUCACAGGUC